UCAUGAGAGCAAAAGCUGGGCCUUCACCGCAAAAUGUUGAGGUAUAAGUUGCUUCAGCCAUUUCGCAAAACCAGGGACUCAAGGCUCCUCUGCCAUUCCAUUUGGUGAAUUUCCUUGAAUAAGGGAAGGCGCGAUUCUUUCUAUCUCGCUUCUCUGCUUCUCUCUCGCUGUGUGUGGGGAAUCGGGGAGGAGAAGCAAAGAAGCAGAACGAUGGAGCCUAAUGGGAGCCCUGCUUCUUAUGGGUACCGAAUGCCGGGAGAGUGGGAGCGCCACUCCCGCUGUUGGAUGGGAUGGCCGGAGCGCCCUGAUAACUGGCGUGAUGAUGCUCAGCAUGCUCAGAGAGUAUUUGCAAGAGUAGCUUCUGAAAUUUCAAAGUUUGAGCCUGUGACCGUCUGUGCUAGUAGUCAAGAGUGGGAGAAUGCACGAAGCAAGCUACCAAAGCACAUCAGGGUGUUGGAAAUGAGUAUGGAUGAUGCUUGGUUUCGAGACAUUGCACCUACAUUUGUUGUACGUGACAAAUCAUCAAGCCCAGGAUAUGAUGGACAAAGGGUUGCAGGCAUUGACUGGAAUUUUAAUUGUUGGGGAGGCUUAGGUGAUUGUUGCUACAGGGAUUGGAGCAAAGAUAUCCUUGUUGCUAGGAAGAUAUUGGAAAUUGAGGCAGUUCCUAGGUUCCCAGAGGACAUGGUUCUAGAAGGUGGAAGCAUCCACGUCGACGGAGAAGGGACCUGUCUUACAACUGAAGAGUGCCUUUUGAAUCCAAAUCGAAAUCCAAACUUAACCAGGGAAGAAAUUGAGAAUAGGCUGAUGAGCUAUCUUGGAGUCAGAAAGUUCAUCUGGUUACCACGAGGGCUAUAUGGUGAUGAUGACACAAAUGGCCACAUUGACAACAUCUGCUGUUUUGCAAGGCCUGGUGUUGUCAUCUUAUCAUGGACAGAUGACAAGUCAGAUCCUCAGUAUGAAAGAUCUGCUGAGGCUUUUUCAGUUCUCUCGAAUGCUACAGAUGCCUGUGGUAGGAGAAUAGAAGUAAUCAAGCUCCACAUUCCUGGGCCUCUGUACAUGACGGAGGAGGAAGCAGCAGGAGUUAAGGUGAUGAACGCAAAAUACAGGUUUGCGGAGACAAGGCUGGCUGCUUCGUAUGUAAAUUUUUAUAUUGCCAAUGGUGGUGUCAUAGCUCCAUCUUUUGGGGAUGAAAAGAGGGAUAGGGAAGCUUAUAACGUUCUCUGUUCGGCCUUCCCGGAUCAUGAGGUUGUGAUGAUAGAAGAGGCACGGGAGAUUUGCCUUGGUGGGGGUAACAUUCACUGCAUAACACAACAACAGCCAGCUUAGACAGAUCUAGGAGCAUAGUUUCUAUUUAAUGUUUGGCACUCGAUGUCUUGCUAGUGCUCAACUCCCGAUGUUUUGGUUGGUUACUGUAAUAUAUAUAAUUUGUUUAGCAUUAGCUUUCCUCUUAGGUUAUAUAGUUUCCCAAAUAGUUUAUCUCUACUUGAGCUUUUUUUGGUGAAUUUGCAGAUAAAAAUCUGUCAUUUUUAAUGGGCAGCUUCUAAAGGUCCAUUUCUA